AUGCUCAUUCUAACCGCAGCGACAAGGAGUUUAUUUGCUAAACCUCAGAGAGAAUCUGCUGUCGCAGAGCUGCAACUUGAGAUCUACUUGAUCGACACUUUCUUAUGCGAUAAUAUUGGCCCACUGGUAUCUGACGCAGUCGACCGUGGUCUGCUGAAAGAUUUAGACCUUGCCAUUCUCGACGAGAAGGGAACUUCUGGACGUUCUCCGUCAGAUGAGAUAAAGCGUGCUCAGGAUAUUGAUGGAUUUUUCUGUGCCUACCCUAGUGUCCUCCAUUGUCUCACGAGCCUCUCUCUCUAUGGUGUGAGUUUUCUCCAAUUGGACAUCCAUCAUAUCCUUUUUGACUGCUGUAACCAGCUGAAGCAUUUAUAUCUCUAUUCUUGUGAUGUUGGUCCUUUGUGGAAGAUAGAUGCACCAAAUUCAAAACUUCGUGUUCUGGUGCUCUACAUGUGUUGCUUCGAGGGAAUUGAGUUGAUAUCCCUUCCAAAACUGGAGAAACUCAGUGUGCUUGGUUGGGUAUCUCACUCUGUCCCCUUGUCUUUUGGUUUUGUCCCAUCCCUUGAGGAAUUGGACCUAGCACAAAUUCUGCUCCGUCGUCAGCAUUUAUAUAAAUUAAGUGACUUUCUCCAUGGAGCCAUAGGCAUACACACUCUCACAUUGGAUUCCAAAGGAAGCGCGAUUUGGCUACAACCUGAAAUAAAACAACUCACCUCCGCAUUCAGAAAGCUAAGGAAGCUGCUCAUACUAGGUGUUUUUGUUGAAUUUGACCUUGUAUGGACUACAACUUUUCUUGAGGCUGCUCCUUCCAUUGAAAUGUUGCAUAUUGAGGUAUGUGAGCAUGCGUGCGAGUUGGGUGACGAGAACGACGAAUCUGGGAUAUUCGCUGAAAGAAUUAAUCCUCUGUGGGAGCUAGACUUCCAUGCCUCGAAGAACAUGCUAUUGAGAGAGCUCCACAUCGCCCACUUUAGGCCCCUAGAGCAGCAGCUGACAUUUAUUAGAGCAAUCCUGGAGCGAUCUCCCAAUCUUCAAACUGUGAUGCUAAACAAAGAUGGCGAGAUAUGCAACGAAUGUGAUGCCAUGGCCCUCGAUGCGCCACCCAGUGCAUCAGCUCGGCCUGCAUUUCCGAGGACUAACGAGGAGCAAGACUCGGUGGUCAGGUGGGUCAUAGAUGGCACCUUCUUCUCAGGUCAGAUAUAUUUUCGGUGA